UUUGAACACGCACCUACUCCAUAAUACAUGCUGUGUACCUAUACUCUAAGGUAAAAAAUUAUGGAGGAAAAUAGAAGUACAGGUUUACAAUCACGUAUACCAACUUCUUCAAAAUCAUUGUCGCCAUCACGCAUAGGAAUAAAGGAAUUUGACUCUCAUAUCCCUCCUCCAUCGGUUAAAACUAACUUAUCAUCUCGUGUUUUAAAACCAAGAGCAUCCCUUUCUACUUUAAAUAAUGAAGCAAACCUAAUAAAGCCAACUAAAUUGCCUAGCAAGAUGCCUCCUCCAGCAAGUGCUGGAAGGACAUCUCUACCUGCAAUAAAGACAAGGCUUCCUGCCUCUGCUAGUAGAUCAAGUACCUCAAGGCCUACUGGGAAAUCAGUGUAUAAGCGCUCCGUCUCAGCAUCUUCUCAUUUACAGAAACCCGCAAGUACCGCACCAUCCUCAAGAAGCAGCAUAGAUGAUGGAAAAAGUUUUUCGGAUGAAAGUAUGACCACUUACUCAGAUGACAGAACAGAUCCCUCUCCAACCGCAGAUAGUUCUACUGAAGCUCGGCUUAGAAGUAUAGAGCUUGCUUAUGCCAAACUUGCUGAGAAAGUAUUACAAACGUCUACUCAAUCACCUGAUGUGAAAGAUUUUUUUAGCCAGCGUACUCAAAUGCUUGAAGAAUCACUACAGACUGAAAGAAACCGAUCAUUGAAUUUACAGAAUGAAUAUUCGGCUCUUGUUCGUGAACUAGCAGAGCAUGAAGCCGAUCAAAUUGUCUCAAAAAAGCAAAUGGAAACUCUGAAAACAACGCUUGAAAACGUGGAGCGAGAGCAUCAUCGUCAUAUUGAGGAUAUGGAGAUUGACCAUACAAGAUUGCUGGAAAGUGAAAAUUACCGAUGGAAGCAAACGCUACAAGAGCAGGAGAUCUUAUAUGCAGAAGAGCAAAAUCAUUUACAACUUCAAUCUAAACAGAGGAUAGAGGAAAUUGAGAACCAUUAUGAACAAUUAAUGAAAAGUAUCACCUCUGAACAUGAAGCAAUAUUAAAAUCCACUACGGAAGAAAAGGACGCAUUUAUCAAAAAGGUACAAGAAGGUGCAUCGCUAGCCCUAAAGAAAACCACUGAGAAGCACGAGGCUACUAUACGAGAGCUAGAAGUGAAGAUUAAACCUCUGGAAGAAAGUUGUGAUAGCUUGGCAUCUGAGCUCGAGCAAACACAAAAUUCUUUGAAAAUGCAAAAGGACACCAGCACUUCAUUACAAACUACUAUCGAUGAAAGGAAUGCAACAAUCCUAAAAUUGGAAUCGACGAAUUGCUCACUAGAAGGCACUGUCGUUGAAUUAAAGCAAAAGAACCAGAAUUUGCAGAAUCGGUUAUCUGAGGUGGAGUCACUUCUAGACGCCAGUAAUAGCGAUAAAGAAACAUUGAUUAACAAGCUCCUGAAGGAAGAAUCUUUGAGAAGAAAGUUACAUAACACCAUACAAGAGCUGAAAGGUAACAUUCGAGUAUUCUGUCGUGUCCGGCCUUGUAUAGGGGAAGAAAAACCAGUUGAAAUAAGCUAUCCAGACCAAGGAGGAGAAGCAAAUGAAAUAGAGGUCUUAACAGAAGGGGCUGGCAGUUCUUUGUCUGGUAACUCUUUGAAAAAGUAUCCAUUUAAGUUUGAUCGCGUUUUUGCUCCAGAUAUUAAUAAUGAAGAAAUAUUUGAUGAAAUUUCCCAGCUAAUUCAAAGUGCUAUGGAUGGUUAUAAUGUCUGUAUAUUUGCAUAUGGGCAAACCGGUUCGGGGAAGACGUACACUAUGUCUUCUCCUACUGGUAUGAUUCCAUGUGCUGUACAAAUGAUAUACAACCGGGCCUUUACUCUUCGCGAACGCGGGUGGGAGUAUCGGAUGGAAGGCCAGUUUCUUGAAAUUUACAAUGAAACCAUUAAAGAUUUAUUAGUGAACAACUCUAAUGAUGAUGGCGACAAAAGAAGAUAUGAAAUUUACCAUGAUACAAAAGAGGGAAGAACUUUUGUGACUAAUUUGGCCCGGGAACCUUUGGAAAGUUCGGAGCAAGUGAGUUGGCUCUUAGAACGGUCUGCUAAAAAUCGGUUUGUGGCUGCAACAAAUGCCAAUGAGCACUCUUCUAGAUCACACUCUGUAUUUAUGCUUCACAUCCAAGGAGUGAAUCACUUAACGGGCGAAAGAUGUCAGAGUACCUUAAAUCUGAUUGACUUGGCCGGAUCAGAACGGUUGUCGCAUAGUCAAAGUACCGGGGAUCGGCUGAAAGAAACACAAGCCAUCAACAAAAGCUUGAGUUGUUUGGGAGAUGUAAUCCAUGCUUUAGGCAACGAGAAAGAAGGGACAUAUGUUCCCUACCGAAAUUCCAAACUAACAAAUCUACUUCAGCACUCACUAGGAGGAAAUAGCAAAACGCUAAUGUUUGUUAACGUAUCCCCAGUCCAACAGCAUGUGUCGGAAACCUUGUGCAGCUUACGUUUUGCUACAAAGGUCAACAAUACCCAAAUUGGAACUGCUAGGCGUGUGAUGAAAUAAGGCAUGAAUCCACCCUUUUUUCUUUUUUUCCCUCUCUGCAAUUUAUCCUUUCUCAUUUUGGGUUGUUCCUGUAUAAGUCCCGGAAACCACAUGUAAUCUUUGAACGCGCUCUUUUAUUUUUAUUCGCAUCUUUUGUUUCGAUUUCUACUAUUUUUUCUAAUAGUAGAUUUCCCCAGUUAUUAAUGAGUUAUUUAAUGAUCUUCCUAUUUUUCUUAUAGAUUUUUUUAUAGAUGGACAGACGGACAAAUGCAUUUAUAAGUGUUUUUACCUUUUUCUUAUAAAAAUACAACUAAAAUUCAAAAAGAAUAAGAAAUUCUUGAAAGCUUCAAUUCAAUCCUGUCUACCUUAUUGUUUACAUGGUAUUGUUUCCUAUAUUCAUUCCUAGAGUUUUCUGAGCAUUUUUAUUCGUCCAGCCCAUUUCUUUCCGUCCCGUUAAGAAAUGUUCUCCCGAAUUCGAUUUUGCUUCGAGUAAGGGUGAGACUCGAUUUCAGAUGUGAGCAUCUGAUAGUGAGUGGACGUGAGAGGAGGGGGUCCGCCACGAAGGAACAUUCUCGUCUUCUUCUACCACAUAUUUAACUUAGACAAAGCCAAACACCCACCUGUCGGAUCCGCAAUAAAAGAAAUAAGAAAAGUCGAUCAAAU